GAAAGCUGUCAUGGCGAGUUCGGCUGCUUCCUCGGUGCGACCGCCGAGGCCCAAGAAAGAGCCACAAGCGCUCGUCAUCCCCAAGAAUGCGGCAGAAGAGCAGAAGCUCAAGCUGGAGCGGCUCAUGAAGAACCCGGACAAAGCAGUUCCGAUUCCAGAAAAAAUGAGUGAAUGGGCACCCCGGCCUCCCCCAGAAUUUGUUCGAGAUGUAAUGGGUUCCAGCGCUGGGGCUGGCAGUGGAGAGUUCCACGUGUACAGGCAUCUGCGCCGGAGAGAGUACCAGCGACAGGACUACAUGGAUGCCAUGGCUGAGAAGCAAAAAUUGGACGCAGAGUUUCAGAAGAGACUGGAGAGAAAUAAAAUUGCUGCAGAAGAGCAGACAGCAAAGCGCCGAAAAAAGCGCCAGAAGUUAAAAGAGAAGAAAUUAUUGGCAAAGAAGAUGAAACUUGAACAGAAGAAACAAAAAGAAGGAUCUGGUCAGUCCCAGGAGCAGCCAUCCAGUAGCUCCGAGGAAGCGUCUGGAACGGAGGAGGAAGAGGAGGAGGAGGAGCAGCCCAGCUUCAUCAUGGGUCGAUGACAGUGUUUGCUGUAGCAACUCUCUGCGGCCUAACCCAUGCUGUGACCAGGACCUCAGGAAACUGUCCACACAACCCAAGGGAAAAGGAAUGUGUGUUUCAACUCAGUUUCCCUCCCAACGCUUUGCUAGAGAGAAGCAAGUGGGAUCCCCUCCUGAUCAUUCCCAGCCCCACCUGUCAGCAGGACUCUGAGCCUGUGGGACAGAGAGGACUGUCUGUUGGACACUGUCUCUUGGACACUCGGGGCUGCCAAGCAGAGUUCAUUCAUGUUCCUGCUGAUGGGGAAAAUGUGUAACCUUCUGCCC